GUCUGACCGUCGAUUAUUUAUUUUCGUUCUACUCGACAAUUCCAAAAAUCAGUGCCAUUGGCUUUAGCUUUGCCCUUGAACUUGAAAUCUCGUGCCUUAUUCUUUCUUGGGGACUGGUGUUGGAUAUUGAACGGGCGGAGUGACCGCCGGGAUGAUGGAUGAAGGAGAUGAUGGCCUAAACUUGGCUGCGCGCAUUCUCAUUUUCGCGUGGCCUGCCACUAGUGUUUCGCAGAUUCACAAAGGGUGUCACAGGCAUAGCUGGAGGAAGAAAGGUACUACACGAAUGCGAAACGCGACAAACUCUACAACGUCAUUAGCCUGGAGUUCACCAAGACUAAGUUGGAGCCUCUAGUGGAGUCACCCAGUCUGGUACGUCAUUUGGAUUGGGUGGACUUGGUGUGGCCGGAAAUAUUGCGCGCUUUGCAGCAGGAGGCCACCAACCGACUGGUCGACAUGAAAUAUCCCAAAGUGCAAAAGUACUGCCUGAUGAACGUCGGUGGCUGCUACACAGAUUUCCGUAUCGACUUUGGUGGCACAUCCGUCUGGUAUCAUAUUCUCAAGGGUGGAAAGGUUUUCUGGCUGAUUCCUCCGACCCCAAUCAAUCUUCAGAUCUAUGAGCAGUGGGUGUUGUGGGGUAAACAGCAGGAUAUCUUCCUGGGUGACAUGGUCGAGACGUGUGCCUGCGUCGAAUUGAAACCAGGCUGGACUUUUGUGAUUCCUACUGGCUGGAUUCAUGCAGUUCACACUCCUGUGGAUUGGCUAGUGUUUGGUGGAAACUUUCUGCACAGUUUCAACAUAAGCGGUCAGCUUGCCGUGGCGGACAUUGAAGAAACUAAUAAGAUACGGACGCAGCGAAGCUCUCUCCUGCGCCCGCAUGCGCCGAGAUCCCACUGCUGUCAACGGAUGACACUGCAGCCCAGUCGCCAGCGACGGCGGCAGCUGCUGCUGCUGCUGCUUCGUCAGGAGAUGGGAACAGCUCACAAGGCGGCAAGCCACCUCCAUAACCGCCAUCCUGCCUGCUCUCGGACAUGGCCUGUCUCAGCUCGUAUGAGAUUGAUGGCUUGCGACGGCUGCUGGCCGAGCUGAACGUUUCCACGACGAUGGUGAGGGCGUGUCCCAAGGAGCUGGGGGAUCCUGGGGAGCUCAUGUCGACCGUGGAGGUAAGUUGUCGUGUGUGAUGUGUGGGUAAAACCGAAGUUACCGAAAAUAAAUCUCCACCUAAAUUUUCCGGUUUUACAGUAGCCUAUCUUCAGGGACAUACAUAACUAUUGGCGUAGAUUUGCUUAAUCGUUAUGCCUUGUAUUCUCUUGUCAAAUGUACACCGUAGAUUCUGUUGAACGAGUAUGAAAGCCAGUAUUCUCCUCUGCAAUGUACAAGCAUUUUCCUGUGCAAUGUAUGCUGUAUAUUCUGUUGAAUGAGUAUGAAUUCUCCUGUGCAACGUGCGCUGUAGAUUCUGUUGAACGAGUAUGAAAGCCGGUUUCGCGAGGACAAGGCCACUGGACAUUUUAUGCUCAUACCGGGUAUACAAUCUGAGAAUCUGCGUGUGUCGCCCGCACCAAUACCUGACAACAUUGUGGAAAUAGUUGCAGUUGAAACAGAGAUUGUAUGCAAGUCCUCAGCUGCUACUGCAUCUCCAAAAAAGACAGCUGGUAUAUCAUCUCGUGACGACCACAUUGAAGUCUGAAUUUGAAGUGCGAAGAUGCUUCAGCAACCACAUCGUACUUUUCCAUUGCUUUCAUUGUGCUUCUACUGUGCAUGUGUGUAACUUGUGGGGUAUACAUGUGAUGACAUUGUAUGCUGGCGACACGGUCAGAUUUUGUCCAUGCGUGUAACGUACACCUGCAUGUUAUGCAUCGAAAAGGAUCUGCCACUUGCGAUCCUGGGACAAGAAUCAGGUCAGCUUUGUCUUGUGUGGGCUGUACCAGAUUGCUGUUCACUUUUCUAUCUGUUGGAUAUGUGACUUUCUGCAAGUUUCUGGUGUAUGGUGGCCACUUCUUUGCUUGUCACUUUGUAUGAUAUUACAUUCUGUAUUCGCUGCUUCCAUGACGUGGUCUGCAAACUGCAAUCCUUGGGCAAAUGUCAUGUUUGCUAUGUUGUGCUUUGGCCGUCAGCUUGUCUACACGUUGUAGUUUAAUUUCAUUUGUUCCACAACUGACUUCCUGAAGUACGGUGGCCACUGC